AUGGACGCUGGAGUCGACUCUGCGCAGCUGCCGAGGUUUCCGGGCGUUUCUUUCGCCUCGGCUGCGGUUUCCCCUCUUCCUAACUCUCCUCUGUUUUCUUCGCCCUCUGAGCUCUUGUACAUUUUGUUUCCGCUCAUUGUUCUGUUUGUCUGUUUCCACGCCAUUAGCUCGAACUCGCCGUCUUCUCCGUCGCUCUCUAUCUCGGCCUCGAUUCGGGCCUUCCGCCUGCACCUGGCUACCGUCCAUCACACGCUUCCGUCUUCGUUUUUCUCUCUGACGACUUUCCUCUCUCCCUGUUUCCUCUCCCUGCUCGCUCCGUACCUCUCCUUCUUCGUGCUGCGUCUGCUUCCGCUCUGCUUCUCCGAGCCGCCAGUCCCGCCGAGCGCCGUCGCGAUCUCGUAUCGCGAUCUCUUUCUGUCGCCUGCAGUCUUUGCGCCGGCUGCGGAAGGCAGUACUGCGACGCCUGAGGACGAUGAGGCGCAGAGCAGCAGAAAUGCGCUCCGCGCGUUUGUCUCCUUCCUCCUUCCGGAGAAGAACUCUUACUCGCCGCUCGGGCGCUUCCUUCUUCACCCCUUCUACCUGUCGCCGACCUCCGUCGUCUUUUGGCUCUUUGCGGGGCCCUUCCUGCUCUACUCCUGUGCGCUCUACAUCCAGCAGAAGCACGUCGAGGCGAGCCGUGGCAUGUCGGUCGUCCACGAGCGCCGCGGCGACCUGGUGAUUUCCUCCUCGCCGAAAAUGCGCUCCAUCUUCACCAUUCUCAUCUGCCUGUACUUGCCCGGAGUCCUCAUGACCUGGGUUGUGACGCAGGUUUUCCCUUCCGCGUCGGCCGCCGUCCCCUACCGGUACCUCGGCAUUGAAGGCGCAGUCUACGCCCUCGCCUUUGUCGUCUUCUUCUACGACCCCGUGGUGUACAGCGGCAUGUUUGCAGAUCCUUCGAUUCAGUUUCCGCUGCCAUUCCACGUGCGCAGCGUAACGAUUGUGUUUGCCUUUACGCUCUUCCUCUUCUCGCCGCCGCCGGGGGACCUGGUUCUGCUUCUCUGCGGCGUGGUAUCCGCGAUCCUUGCCGUCGCGGCGACCUGUCUGCCGCCGUCGGUGGGCGUCGCGGGCGCGAUCGGUGGCGUCUCGUUGCCCAUCGCCUCGCUGGUUUUCGAGGAGCGAUUCGGUGCCCUCAAGCGCGCCCGCGUGGAGCACUCUCUCUUCUUCGUGCCCUACGCGCCGCAGACGUCCUUCGACAGCGCACCCGAGUGCUUCACCUGGACGGUCGCCGGCCUCGUCUUCGCGAUCGUCGGCGGCAUGGCUCUUGCUGGCCUCCUCUGGCGCGCCGGCGAGGUCAUCGAGGGUGCGGUCAACGCAGUCAGGGAUUCUGCAGGCGUACGCGUGCGGCUCACAUCUGUUGUCGUGAUGCUGGCGUUCACCUACCUUCCCUUCUCGUUUUCUUCGCUGCCGUCUCUCUCUGAGUUCGUCGCCGACCCUCUGCAGACCCUGCUCAGUCUGCCGUUCGGCGGGCCAAGUCUCUACGAGAUAACCUGCACUGAACGAACUGUGCUUCUGGGGUCGAUCGGCGCGAAGACCUUGGCGUUUUGGACUCCGUUUUUCGGCUUCAGCAAUCGAAGCCCGGCACUGAAGUACUUCAUCGGCCCGCUGCUCUGGUUUCUUCUCUUCGUUGGCAUGGCGAGCGAGCACUGGCGGCGCGUGGGCCCUGGUUUUCUGGGCACAGCGUUUGCCCUGUACUGUCUGUUUGCACUUCCGCGAGCCCAGUGA